CAUGACCCAGGUGGCCUUGCGGCGCGCGCCUGCGCAGUGCGCACCGCCCGGGCCGGGGGAAGAUGGCGGCCGGGAGGGGGCCGCGCGGAGCGUGAGGGGCCGCGGCUCGGGGCGGGCGGGAGACCGGAGCAGAGAGCCCCAGGACUUCCUGGGCCGGGGAGACAGAACUGCCCUCUCACCCGUCCAGCCCUGGGCACAGACACCUUGGCAGGGGCGUCGUCCCACUCUCGGCUGGGAACGGCUCACGCACCGGGUGCCCGCGUCGCCAUGGCCGGCCGCGCAGGGGAGGGCAGCAAUGCCCGCAUGAGCAUCGCCUCCCAGUUCUUCACCCAGGAGGAGGGCAGCGGCACAGACAGCAUGACCACCUCGGAGAGGGUGGUGGAUCUGUUAAACCAAGCUGCCCUGAUCAGCAACGACUCGAAAAUCAACCUCCUCAAACAGGUCCAGGAGCUAAUUAUAAACAAGGACCCCACGCUGCUGGAUAACUUCCUGGAUGAGAUCAUCGCCUUCCAGGCGGACAAAUCCAUCGAGGUGCGGAAGUUUGUCAUCGGCUUCAUAGAAGAGGCCUGCAAACGGGACAUCGAGCUGCUGCUCAAGCUCAUCGCCAACCUGAACAUGCUGCUGAAGGACGAGAACGUCAACGUGGUGAAGAAGGCCAUCCUCGCCAUGACCCAGCUCUACAAGGUGGCGCUGCAGUGGAUGGUGAAGUCCAAGGUCAUCAACGACCUGCAGGAGGCCUGCUGGGAGAUGGUGUCGGCCAUGGCCAGCGACAUCAUCCUGCUGCUGGACUCGGACAACGACGGCAUCCGCACCCACGCCAUCAAGUUCGUGGAGGGGCUGAUCAUCACGCUGUCGCCCCGCAUGCCCGACUCGGACGUGCCCAAGCGCCAUGAGAACGACAUCAGCCUCGACCGCAUCCCCAAGGACCACCCCUACAUCAAACACAAUGUGCUGUGGGAGGAGGGCAAGGCCGCCCUGGAGCAGCUGCUGAAGUUCAUGGUGCACCCGGCCAUCUCCAGCAUCAACCUCACGGCGGCACUGGGCUCCCUGGCCUCCAUCGCCCGCCAGCGGCCCAUGUUCAUGGCCGAGGUGAUCCAGGCCUACGAGACCCUGCACGCCAACCUGCCGCCGACGCUGGCUAAGUCCCAGGUGAGCAGCGUCCGCAAGAACCUGAAGCUGCACCUGCUGAGCGUGCUGAAGCACCCCUCGUCCUUCGAGUUCCAGGCGCAGAUCACCACCCUGCUGGUGGACCUGGGCACCCAGCAGGCCGAGAUCACCCGCAGCAUGCCCAGCCUGAAGGAGCCGCGCAAGCGCCCGCGGGAUGACAGCGACCCGGCCCUGAAGAAGAUGAAGAUGGAGCCAGCUCUCGGGGAGGACGACGAGGAUAAGGACCUGGAGCAAGCGGCUGCGCCACCGCCCAAGCCCUCUGCCCAGACCAGCACCCAUUCGGACACGGACAUCACGGCCGAGUUCCUGCAGCCCCUGCUGACGCCGGACAACGUGGCCAAUCUGGUGCUGAUCAGCAUGGUGUACCUGCCCGACACCAUGCCCGCCUCCUUCCAAGCCACCUACACCCCCGUGGAGUCGGCCGGCACCGACGCCCAGAUCAAGCAUCUCGCCCGCCUGAUGGCCACCCAGAUGACGGCCGCAGGGCUUGGGCCAGGCUCCUCUCCCCGUCCCCCAGGCGUGGAGCACACCAGGCUGCUGAAGGAGGAGCCGAAGGAGGAGAAGCUGGCGAAGCCCGAGAGCGUGCUGAUCAAACGGCGCCUGUCCUCGCUGUCCCAGGGGCAGGCCAUCUCCGUGCUGGGGGCCCAGGGCUGCGUCACUAUCCUCCUGGAGCAAGAGGCCCCCCAAGCCAAGCGGCGGCCGGAGCCCAUCAUCCCGGCCACCCAGCCCAGGCUGGCAGGCGCCGGCGGGCGCAAGAAGGUUUUCCGCCUGAGCGACGCGAUCAAGCCGCUGACGGACGUGCAGAUGGAGAAGCUGAAGCUGGGAGCCGUGAAGCGGAUCCUGUGCUCAGAGAGAGCCGUCGCCUGCAGCGGGGCGGCCCAGGCCCGUGUCAAGAUCCUCUCAUCCCUGGUGACCCAGUUUGACGUGCCCCUGAAGAGCGAGGUCUUGGCCUUCAUCCUGGACGACAUCCGCAACCGGCUGGACCUGGCCUUUGCCUGGCUGUACCAGGAGUACAACGCCUACCUGAGCACGUUCCCGACCGGCUCCCUGGACAGCUACGACGAGUGCCUCAUCGGCCUGCUCUCCGGCCUGCAGGAGAAGCCAGACCAGAAGGAUGGGAUCUUCACCAAGGUGGUGCUGGAAGCCCCGCUCAUCACAGAGAGUGCCCUGGAGGUGAUCCGCAAGUACUGCGAGGAUGAGAGCCGCACCUACCUGGGGAUGUCCACGCUCCGGGACCUAAUCUUCAAGCGCCCGUCCAGGCAGUUCCAGUAUCUGCACGUGCUGCUGGACCUCAGCUCCCACGAGAAGGACAAGGUCCGCCAGCAGGCGAUCCUCUUCAUCAAGCGCAUGUACGAGAAGGACCAGCUGCGGGAGUACGUGGAGAAGUUUGCGCUGAACUACCUACAGCUCCUGGUGCACCCCAACCCCCCGUCUGUGCUCUUCGGCGCCGACAAGGACACAGAGGUGGCUGCUCCCUGGACCGAGGAGACCGUCAAGCAGUGUCUGUACCUCUACCUGGCCCUGCUGCCGCAGAACCACAAGCUGAUCCACGAGCUGGCGUCGGUCUACACGGAGGCCAUCGCUGACAUCAAGCGCACCGUGCUGCGGGUCAUCGAGCAGCCGAUCCGCGGGAUGGGGAUGAACUCCCCGGAGCUGCUGCUGCUGGUGGAGAACUGCCCCAAAGGGGCCGAGACCCUGGUGACCCGAUGCCUGCACAGCCUGACGGAUAAAGUGCCCCCGUCUCCCGAGCUGGUGAAGCGAGUUCGUGAUCUCUACCACAAGCGGCUCCCAGAUGUCCGGUUCCUCAUCCCCGUCCUCAACGGCCUGGAGAAGAAAGAGGUGAUCCAGGCUCUGCCCAAGCUCAUCAAGCUGAACCCCAUCGUGGUGAAGGAGGUGUUCAACCGCCUCUUGGGGACGCAGCAUGGCGAAGGGAAUUCGGCCGUGUCCCCCCUGAACCCUGGGGAGCUGCUCAUCGCCCUGCACAACAUCGACUCCGCCAAGUGCGACAUGAAAUCCAUCAUCAAAGCCACCAACCUGUGCUUCGGGGAGAGGAACGUCUACACGUCGGAGGUGCUGGCCGUGGUGAUGCAGCAGCUGAUGGAGCAGAGCCCCCUGCCCAUGCUGCUCAUGAGGACGGUCAUCCAGUCGCUGACCAUGUACCCACGCCUGGGCGGCUUCGUCAUGAACGUCCUGUCCCGCCUCAUCAUGAAGCAGGUGUGGAAGUACCCCAAAGUGUGGGAGGGCUUCAUCAAAUGCUGCCAGCGCACCAAGCCCCAGUCCUUCCAGGUCAUCCUGCAGCUCCCUCCGCAGCAGCUCAGCGCCGUCUUCGAGAAGUGCCCCGAGCUGCGGGAGCCCCUGCUGGCCCACGUCCGCUCCUUCACCCCGCACCAGCAAGCGCAUGUCCCCAACUCCACCAUGGCCAUCCUGGAAGCCAGCAGCAAGCAGGAGAUGGAGGUGAAAGACUCCCAGCCGCUGGAGGAGGAGGAGCUGGAACCCGUGCCCCUCCUCCCACGCAUGUCCCAGGACAUGAUCGCUCUGCGGCUGGCCCAGGAGAAGGCGCUCAAACGCCAGCUGGAGGAGGAGCAGAAACUGAAGCAGCCGGCCAGCCAGCCGCGCCCUGCCCACGCCCUGGCACCGCUGCCCGCCGAAGAGCCCAUGGACUUCCGGGAGGAGGGGCCCGAGGUGGAAACGCCCACCAUCUUCAUCAGCAUGCAGGAGGAAGAGGAGAGUUCAGGCGGAGAUGGUUCCCUGUUGGACUCCAGCGUGGAGGGGCCCCUUCCUGCAAAGGAAGCGAAGAGCAAGGAGGCGGGAGCCAGCAGCGCCGCUGACGGGGAAGCCGAGAGCAAGCCCGAGAGCCUCACGCCGGACGAGCCGGCGCCCGGCGGGCCCCAGCCCGUCAGCCAGCCGGAGGAGCUGCCAGAGCCCGGCGCGGAGCAGGAGCAGAAAGCAGAGAGCUGAUGGGGCAGCGCCGCCCCGUGGAGGGCAAAGAUACUCUGGGGGGAGGGUGGGGAGGAGCAGAAACUGCACAGCUAAGGGCCUGGAUCUGCGCUAAAUAAAAAAUCGCUGUU